UCUAUCUAUUCCUACCUUUUUCCUGCUGCUGUAUGCUGUUCUUUUCCUCCUCCUCCUCCUCCUCGUUCUUCCUUCGUCUCUCCCUCGGCCCUGCUCAAUUGGUAGUGAAGGACGAUAGCAAAGAUGCAGGCGAUCACGAAGCUCAUUGGUCUGGGUGGGGACACCCCAGAUUCGACGUAUGCGUCGUUGAAGAUCCGCAAGCGCGCCGGAAGAGACGAGGCAAAUGGAUCGUACGAUGGGGAGGAGAGUCAGGUGGUGGUGGAGGUCAUACAGCCUGAGAAUUGGCCCUUUGCGGAGGCCGAGUCGUCCGGCGUGGACCGCUUCGCAAGAGCGGAACAGGAGGGAGAGGGAGGAAGAGCAAGUAGUAGCAGCGGCGGCGGCGGCGGCAUUGCCGGCUCGCUCAACCUACGGGCGAUGACCAAUCGUUUGGCGCCAUCGCCUUAUGCGAGAGGGCCUCCCCCUCCCGGUUACGUCUGCUCCCACCAUCAUAAUCAAUUAGAAAGAGGAACCCCGGUAGCCGUUCGAACACACAGGUCGGGAGGAGGAGGAGGAGGUGGAGUAGGAGUAGCCCCUCCGUACGGCACAUCAGCUCGCAACAGCUUCAGACAAACUGGCAGAGGUGGUGUCCUAGGAGACGAGGAAGGCAGCACCGAAGAGGAGGCGGAAUCCGAGUCUUCCGAGGGCGUCGACGCAUUGACGACCCCUUCCGUAACCGGGACAGACUUCCACACUCCGGGAAACAGCCUAAGUCCCAGAUCUACAGUCAGCCAGUCCGACCAUUCCUCUUUCGAGUCCACCUUUUAUCAUAGGCGAUCGAGCUCGUCUCUGUCGAACUCUUCCUCCGCCGGGGGGGGGGGAGGAGGAGGAGGAGGAGUCGGCUACGCCACGGCCAUGGCCAUCGGAAAUGCUGAUGUGAGUUCGUCUGGCAUCUGGAGGGGCGAGUCGCCAUGGCGAGGAGCGAGUUCUUCGUUCAAGAGAGCUCGCGGUAACGACUACUCUUCUACUUCUUCUGAUAUCCCCCCGCGAUCGGUGCCGCCAUCGCCGUCGUCGUCCUCGGAGACUGAGAGCGCGGCUUCGUUUAAGUCGGCCCUAUCCUCUGGGGGGGUUUACCGAUCAUCCAAUACGCCCUCCUCGACAACAUCAAGUCUCAGAGAUGGAGGAAGUUCAGGAAGAGGAGGAGGAGAUGGAGAAGCAAGAGGUCUGUUCGUUAAAGGUGAUGUUGCUGUACGAUCAGGAAGACCGAAUGUGCCACGACCAUCCUCUACCUCCGGGCGGCGAGGCCGUCGGGAUGUCGUCCGCGACUCAGCAACAGCGCGAUCAGCCAUGAGGGACGAUGACCUGUCUUCCGAUGGCGAUGGGAGAGAUCGAGGGGGGGGAGGAGUUGAUUCGGGGCUGCACUCAGGAGGGAGGAGCGUGGUAAGGUGGGGGGGGGGGCGACAGCAGCAGGAGGAGGAUCCCAACUUGACGCUGCUGCUUCCCACCCAUAACCGGCUUCUCCGCGGUGGUCAGAGCUUCGGCUCGACCGAUGAAGAAUGUCGAUCUGCCGAUUACGACGAGGAGGAGGACGGAGAUGAAGAUGAAUAUGAGGUGGCGUCAUCCUUACAAGAAGAUAUGCAAGCUGUAGACUCAGACUUGACCGACCUUCAUUCCGGCGAGCAAUUAAGUCGUCGUCACCAUUAUCAUCAUCAUCAUCAUCACGAGUCCCUGCUGAUGGACGAGCAGCAAGAGCAAAGGGCGCGGUUCCGUCCGCAACCUGCGGGAACCACGAAAGGGAGGAAGGAAGAGGAGGGGGAGGAGGAGGAGGAAGAGGUGAAGGAGUUUAGGCAGAGUGGAGGAGGAGAAGCUGCAGUAUCGAGGGAACGGCCCUCUUCUCCCAACUCCGUGGGGGGUUUGCCGUCCGUCUCCUCUGUAUCCGUUUCCAGUGAGCAAAUAAGCGAUGUAUCCCUGGGUUUGGCGGCGAAGGAUGGUGCGACUGCCGUCGAGGGCCACAACGAUCAGACGAAAAUCGUGUCGGAAUUGAAGGUGGCGGGCGGUUUGUCCACACAGCAGUCCAUGGAUUGUCCCGCUGCUGAGCGACGUGGGGACACCGGCGAUGGGGGGGCGGUUCUGUCGUUGUCACGCGACGGAGGGGGAGAGAGAAACGAGGCUUGGGAGAAAUCUCGUUCUAGUGAUGGGGGGAAAGCAGCAGUCGGUGCCACGUGGAACGACGUGGUGAGACAAGGGGGGGGGGGGGAUAAGUCGGCCGGAGGUACAGAAAUUGAAGAGAGAAAAGAGGAGGCAGAGGGAUACUACAAGGAGGAGGAUGCUGGGACGGGAUGGCUGGGCGAGAGUCUGGAAAGAGAGGGAUGGAGUCGGCUCGGUGAAGUGGAGGAAGGCCGUGGCGAUCUGCAUAGAAGUAAUACUAGUAAUGACGAUGGCGGCGGCGCUGUUGGUGAAGAGGAAGUCGAGGGUGUAGGAGGUGGAGGUGGAGUUGGUGACGGCAAAGCUCCUGGAGUGACAAAGACCACAGAGAGCAAGAAGACCCCGCCGCCGCCGCCGCAAAACGUGGAGAUCGAAGACGGAGAGAACGGAGCAGGGAGCUGCGAGUUGAUGAUGAUGGGUGGUAGAUCCGAUAUGUUGAACAUGCAGUUGAUGAAUCAUUGGGGGGGUGAUGACGAGAAGGCGGGCACCAGCAACAAUGCGCGGGAUGGCGGCGCGGUUCCUAUUGCUCAGGCGAGGGAAAAAGAAGGACGGAAGAGAGAGAGAGAGAAAAGGAAGUCGCCUCUGAAAGAAGGGGCCAUGGCUGUCGCCGCCACCGCCGCCGUUGCCGCCGCGGCUAUCGGAUAUAAUGCGCCAUUGGUGGUGACUGUGGGCGGUGUAGAAGCGGAACCUGUCGGGGGAAACCAAGGGGGGGCGAGGGCCUUGCGGAAUACACCGUUAACGAAUGGGUUCAAGUUCCUUCGGAGCUCGAGCGGGAACCGAAGGCGGCGGACGGCACUAGCAGCUGCAGCUGGCGCAAGAGCAGGAGAGGAGACAAGGGGCGAAGGAGGCGGAGCAGCAGCAGGAGGAGGAGGAGGAGGAGGAGAAGAAGAUGACGGGCGUGGAGAGAUCAGGCCUGUAAAUUACGAGGAAGAGGAAGAGAGUCGAGGGAGUGGCGGCUCGGGGGCUGAACCUGGCGUUGCACAAAUCAACCAGGUGGACAGAGGUGCAUCAGGAGGAGGAGGAAGAGAAAGAGGAGGAAGAGAAAGAGGAGGAAGAGAAAGAGGAGGAAGAGAAAGAGGAGGAAGAGAAAGAGGAGGAAGACGAGGAGGAGAAGCAAAUGAGAUGGAAUGGGGAAAGAAGGAAUAUGGCGGAGCUAGUAAUGGUGGUGGUGAUGAUGGUAGUGAUGAUGAUGAUGAUGAUGAUGAUGAGCAGGAAGAGGACAUGAGCGGGGACGAGGGGAUGGAAACGAGCUUGACUAAAAGACGCUCGAGUAGAUCGGAGGGAGUGAAGAAGAGGGGGGACGAGGGCGAAAGAGAUGCCGUGGACGCUUAUGGUGAGGGCAUUUCACCACGGAAAGAAGGGAGUAUGGAGCAGGAGGAGGAGGAGGACGAAGACGAGGAGAUGGAGGGGACGAAAACGCUCCGAGAGAUGGAGAGAAUUACAGAGGUUGCUGAAGGUGGCUCGGGAUUGCAUGAUGACCUGGUUGACGAGGAUGGGAGAAAUGGAGAGAAGGAGAGUCUUUCGCCGAGAGCAAUAGGGAAUGGGCGCGAGAACGCAGCGCGCUGUGAGGAGGAGGAGGUUGUGCGGGAUACGCAUGGUGGUGGUGUCGACGAGGAGGACAGCGCCAGGGCGAGGCGGCUGGAAUCGUUAGAUGGAGCAGCAGCAGCAGCAAUAACGGCGGCUGGGACGGCGAGUAGUGCGGCCGCUGCUGACGUAGCAGCGCAAAUUGCUGAUGAGGCUGCUGACGUGGCAGUGCGAAUUGGUCAUGAUGCAGCAGCCGGCGGAACGGCAGCAUGCGGUGUGUGUGGCGGGAAUGACAACUCAGCAGCGCUGCGGGGAGAAGAGGAUUCGCAGCAUGGGAGCCCGAUAGUUAAAAAGAGUCCAUCGCCGCCGCCGUGGAUGGGCGAAGCUCGCACGAGUAAAGCAGUUGAGCUGGACGCGAGAGAUACAUGUGGGUUGGGGGGCGGUAGUCACGUCGGAACAGUGCAGGCAAGGAGUGGUUUCACUGCGGUGGGGAAAGGAGGAGAGGGGGGAGGAGGGGGAGGGAAAGAAACAUUCCAUGGGGCGAGAGGAGCAAAGGCAGAGCUGCUGUCGUCUUCUUCUUCGUUAGCUGCGGUAGCGAGUCCGGCGUCUUCUUCGCCCCCUUCCAUGACGGCCGGGAUUAUGACGUCUCCUUCGUCUGCCACGACGACGAAGAUGUCGCCUUCUUCGCGCCCAGCCCCGACAACGAGCCCACCGUCGUCUUCUUCACCAGCUAUGCCGGCAACGACGAUGUCUUCACCGCCGGUCGCGCCGUCUACGAGACCUUCUUCAUCAUCGCCAGCUGCGGCGACGAUUAUGACAUCGGCAGCCGUGCCUGUGAUAGAGUCGCCCCCGACUUCAGGUCGCAUAUCCUCCUCCCCAAGUUCGUUGCCUGCGCUGACACCCACUCGGUUUGUGACGGCAGGCUCGGCACCAGAGAUCGUGGAAAUGUCCACAGGAUCGACGAGAGGCUCGGAGGAGGUUAAUGCCGGGAUGGAGGGGGAUAACUCCUCCCUUGUGAUGCUUGGUCGUCGAAUUACUAGCGGUGGUAAUAGCAGCUUAGGGGGAAGUACAGAGUCCUCCUUCGAGGUCAAAAGGGACGCUAUAAGGAGCGAGGGGGGGGACAUGGCAGUUCUUGAGCAGCAGAGUUUAUGCAGUCUUCAAGAGCUUGGAGACGACAAUCUGGCAUACCUUGAGGCCGCGGUCAAUGUAAGGGCGGGCGGCGAGGGGGUACAUCGAAGGGGGGGGGGGAGGAAGGCAACAACAGGCGAGUCGUCGUUCCAUAGCGAGCAGAGAAAGAAUGGGUCGUUUGGAGAGAUUGUGCCUCAGGAGGAGACAGAGACGAUAAAAGGGAGGGGGGGCCGGGGAGGAGGCAUGGUUGAUCAUCGUCGGCGGCGGGCACUAUCGACGGAGGAAGAAGAGGAGGGGGAAGAGGAGGAAGUGGGUGAUGUUUAUGGCGCUGCUGACCAUCGUCGUCGGGGUUUAUCACAUCUACCGAGGGGGGAAUCGAAAUCGGGUGCUUAUUCUGGUUCCCUCCCCCCCGAGGUCGAUCGGGUUUCCGACUGGGAUGCGUCUCGUACAGCACCCGUCGCUGCCGCGGAUUGGCGCACGACACCGACCGGCGGUUUAACAUCCCAACAACAGCAGAAUCGAAAACAUUACUCCGCCUCGAUGGCGAAAGGAACGACGGACACCAGAGGAGGAAGAGUAGGAGGAGGAGGAGGAAGAGGAGAGGGUGGUGGUGGUAGUAGUAGUGCUUCACGGCCCCACGUGGGAUAUGUCCCGGUCCCGAUGUUUUCCGGCUCGGGUGGCGCUUUUGGUGGUGGUACCAGAUACAGUCCCGUGAUUGUCGAUCCCGUCGCGGUUAGGACAAAUAUUUUGGUGAGUUCGGCCCAAUUAGUACCACACCCAGAGCGCCAGGGCGCUGCUUCGACAUCGACCCCUGCUGCGUCUGCUUUCGCUGCUGAGACUUCUGCCCGGCGCGGUGCUCCGCGAGACGAGGACUGUCGUUCCAGCUCAACGAAACCGUCUUCUUCGGCGGCGUCUUCGGGAGGCGGGAGUCGGUUAAAAGCUCUCCAGCAGCGGCAACCCUUGGACGAACAAGAAGGCAAAGGGUUGUAUCGCCGCCGUAGCAGCGCAGGCAGCAGGGAGGGGUCUGCUGCGUACACAAGACACGUGGCACGUGGGGCGGCGUUCGCGCACACUCCGGAGAUGGACGAAGAGCUAGACGGCAUAUCUCCGGACGAGACUGCUCGAACUCCCGCCCGCGACACAGAUGGUCAUGAUGUAAGCAAACCCCCUCCCUCGUCGAGGGUUGACCUGCAUGUUAGAAGGGCAGCUAGCAAUUCUACCGCCCGCAUGCCACCACUCGUUUCUGAUCCGUCCGAAGAUCCUUGUUUCCCUCCGAAUGUCACCUCCACAAGAGCUUUGGUGGCUGGGAGCAGGUCUGCUGCCGCCGCGCCCGCGGGCUCCUCCUUCGAUUGCAGGAGGACGACGACGACGGUGAGUCCAGCGUCGCGGGACGGAGUGGCGGUGGCCGAAUCGUCAGUCAGUAACAUCUCUCUGAAAGCUGCCCGUAUCAAAGAGAUGCUCAGUACAGCGACGCCUCCUGUGGUGCGAGAGGACUCCUUGGAUGUACCGUCGUCCUCGGCAGUUGGUGGGGAAGAGCCACCGGCAGGCAGGAAGUACGUUGUGAACAGCACUGGGCACGAAGUCGUGGCUAGCGGACUAGGCAGUGGUGAGGCCGCAAUCAAAAUGAAGUCGAGCGGUGGAGGAAGUGGGAACGUCGCGGGCUGGGUGAAGGCGAGGAAGGCUGGAGCGGAGGGAGGGGGGGGGAAGGGUUCGCACAAGAAGGUGCAAGACGAGAUCAUCGCAGCACAAAAUGGUGCUGGAAUCGCCAAGAAAGGCGGACAGGAUGGGUGGCUGGUCAGGAGCAACAGCAGUGCAGCCGUGGAGUGGGGAUACCAUUCCAGGUCAGCAACUGCCAGCAUGGCGGUGGCAGCCAAGGCCGUGGCCAAUGCCCAUCGUCUACCCAACAACAGUGCCGUAUCGGGCACUCCAGAGGAGUCCGUUGGGACGUACACCACCACAAGCACUCAGUCUCACUCGUCGGACCGUUCCAAGUCGCCAAUUGGGAACACGGCUAUGGUGGUUGGGCCAACGGGGAACGCAUGUCCUCGUCGACGGACGAUUGCCAGUCGCUCGUCGUCCUCCUCAGAAGGUGGUAAUGAUGGCGGAGGAGGGCGUCUUCCCAACGGGGGGGAGGAUCGCUCCCUGGCCAUCGUCGCCCUUCAGGGGGGGGGUAAUCUGGCAAGAUCAUCCUCGUUUUCGGGUCCACAGGAUGACAGCGAGCACUCCAAAGAGCACUACGACUCUUCUGAGUCUGCUCAUUUCCUGUACAAAGCCAGGAGUAAGAGGAUCGAGCUCCAAGCUCAUGCCUACGAAGAAGAGCUGCGCGCCAAGUAUCUGGCCAGGUACCGACGACAAGAAGCACGAGCGCUGGCUCUCGAGAAACAGGAGCGAGCGAAGGCGGAGGCGGACCUGAGAAAGAUUGAAGUCCAGAUCGAGAAACUCAAGGCCAAGGCUCUCGAAAAACUGGAGAAGGAUUACGCCAGAGCCCGCAGGAAGGCCGAGGACCGGAAAGCAGUGGCGGAAUCCAAGAUGAUGGAAAGUCUUGCGGUGAGCCGACAGAAGGCGGAGGAGAUCAGAACGACGGGUAGGGUUCCUAGACUCAUCGGUAAGUGUUUCACUAAAUGGUGGCCAUUUAAGAUCAGCUCUCUUUGGAGAUUUGGCUGCUUUGGCUGCGAAGCGUAGACCCGGUUGCAAUAGUUAGAGAGAGAGUGACUAUGACUAGGGAGGGGAAACUGCUAGUGUAUAUGCUGCUGCUGCUGAUGAUGAGGAGGAGGAGGAUGAGUGUAGCAUAAAAGGGGAGCGGGAAAAACGACGGUGAGUGGUGGAGAGGUCCUUGAAACGGACGGAAACGCGUAUGGGGUCUAUCUAUGGGACCGUGUAUGGAUGUCCAAGCCAUGGGGAAGAGUGCGUCUUCGGAGAAGGAGAGCACACGACAUGUGGAAAAGGACUGAGAGGGGGGACGAGGACGACGAGAGAAUGGGAGAGAGGAGAAAGGGGAGGAGGAUGAGGAGGACGGGAGAGAGGAGAACGGACAACGGGAGAGAAGAGAAAGUGGAAACUGAACGAAGAGGAUGCCUGGGAGAACAGGACAGAUUGUCGAACGAGAAGGAAGGACUAGUUUGUCGAGAAUAGUUCUUGUGUCAUCGUUGUAAAGAAGAUGGAUGAUGAUGACACCCUGUACUUAGCUGUUUAAGCAGCAGCAGGAGAGCAAUUGUUAUCCUGGCCGACCCAUCUGUUCGCAUCCAGCCUGUAUGUACAUACAUAGCUGCUUACUGACUCGGAGGAUUGGCGGACGUAAUAACGUGUGUGCGCGUGCGAGAGCGAGCGAGCGAGCGAGAGAGAGAAAGAGAGAGAGAGAGAGAGAGAGAGAGAGAGAGAGAGAGAGAGAGAGAGAGAGAGAGAGAGAGAGAGAGAGAGNAGAGAGAGAGAGAGAGAGAGAGAGAGAGAGAGAGAGAGAGAGAGAGAGAGAGAGAGAGAGAGAGAGAGAGAGAGAGAGAAAUGACUUGCAGUGACGGAUUUGCCCGCCAAAGACAGUCAGGUGGCUGACGAUGAUUAGUAGAAGACAGUUCGAUAGGAAUUGUAAGUUUCUGUGCUGUUACUUGUUAGGGAGCGUGCAUGCUCACCAAUGUGUACUUGCACAAGUAGAAGGGUGCAUAUGUGCACCCAUCACAGACACACAUCACAAUCAUGCUUUUUUCUUUUUGAAGUCGUGUUUAGCGAACACGACAACACACAGAGGGAGGGGCGAGAGAGAGAGAGAGAGAGAGAGAGAGAGAGAGAGAGAGAGAGAGAGAGAGAGAGGAGGAGAGAGAGGGGAAGAGAGAGGGAGAGAGAGAGAGAGAGAGAGAGAGAGAGAGAGAGAGAGAGAGAGAGAGAGAGAGAGAGAGAGUGAGGAGGUCCAUGUUUUGUCCUCCCAACACUCUUACUUUGUACGUAUCUGUGCCAUUCGGUUUUGUUGUUUCUUGAUAACCUGACCUGUUCCAUUUUUUGAUCCGAUGCAGUUUUUUUUUCUGAAACUUAAGUCCUGCAGAGGGUGUGCUCGAACUUGGCAGAUGGUCUCCACAACACUCGUGCCAUUCGCCCAGAUGGUGAAUGAUUUCCUUCUUUUUCUGGCCAUGAAGCUCCCCGCAUC